AUGCAGCGGCAAACUCGCGGAGGAUCGAUUUUUUGGGUUUGCGCGUUGUGUCUUUGCUGCGUGACACCAAACAUAUCGGUCAAUCUGUGUAUCAUGGAUACUUCUGCACCUCCACCUCCUUCUCCUGCUUCAUCGUCUAAGGAGAAUGCUCGUCUUGCUUCCUCUACCUCUUCUGCUACUACAUCCAUCAACGAGACCCAUCCACCGCCUACUCCACUUAUUAAGAAUAAGAACUACGCCGGUCCGCCUAUCCCGUUGAAGGAGAAGCGGCACUCUUCAUCCAUUUUUAACAUCAGCCAGGAUCGCCAUCUGGUCCCUCUGCCAGCCAUCAAAGACGCAGCAACAUCACAGGAGCGAGAGCAGUUGUUUCUACAGAAGCUUCAGCAAUGUUGCGUUGUCUUUGACUUCCAACCGGACCCACUUUCCGACCUGCAAGGCAAGGAGGUGAAGCGCAAUAUCCUCAACGAGAUGAUUGAGUAUGUGCUGGAGGCUAGAGGUGGUGGCGGUUCCAAUAGUAGUGGAGGUAAUAGCGGUGCUAACGGCAAUAGUGGCAAUGUCAUCACCGAACCCAUCUACCCAGCAGUGGUGAAGAUGAUCGAGGCCAACGUCUUUCGCACUCUUCCGCCGCCAAGUAAUCCCUCGGGCGCGGAAUUUGAUCCAGAGGAGGAUGAACCCACACUUGAGGCCUCGUGGCCACAUCUUCAGCUCGUCUACGAAUUCCUCCUUCGUUUUGUGGAGUCACCAGAAUUCCAGCCCAACGUUGCCAAGCGCUACAUUGAUCAGCGGUUUGUGCUUCAGUUGCUAGAACUGUUUGACAGUGAGGAUCCACGGGAACGCGAUCUAGUCAAGACAAUCAUGCACAGGAUCUACGGCAAGUUCCUCUUUCUUCGUUCCUACAUUCGGCGGCAGUUCAGCAACGUAUUCUACAAGUUCAUCUACGAGACGGAGCGGCACAAUGGCAUCUCGGAGAUGCUUGAAAUUCUUGGCAGCAUUAUCAAUGGCUUUGCGGUGCCACUGAAGGCGGAGCACAAGACCUACCUGAUGCGGGUGCUCAUUCCCUUACACAAGGUCAAAUCGCUCAGUGUCUAUCACGCUCAAUUGGCCUAUUGUGUGGUGCAGUACCUUGACAAGGACCCCACCCUCACUGAACCGAUCGUGUUGGGACUGCUGAAAUACUGGCCGAAGAUGCACAGUCCCAAGGAGGUGAUGUUCCUCAACGAGUUGGAGGAGAUUCUCGAUGUAAUGGAUGCCGCGGAGUUCAAGAAGAUUAUUAAACCCCUCUUCACUCAGCUGGCCAAGUGUGUAUCCUCGCCACAUUUUCAGGCAAGCCUUAUAGUGGCAGAACGAGCGUUGUACCUAUGGAGCAACGAGUACAUUCUCUCCCUCAUGACUGAAAACGUAGACACCAUCCUUCCUAUCAUGUUUCCUGCAUUGUACAGAACCAAACAACAUUGGAACAAAACUAUUCACGGUCUAAUCUACAAUGCUCUGAAGCUCUUCAUGGAAAUGAAUCAGGUGCUCUUUGACAAUUGCACCACCAAAUAUAAAGAGGAGCGUCAACGUGAACGCGAAGAGGCUAAGCGUCGAGAACGUGCUUGGGCGUCGUUGAACGCCACUGCGAUGAAGAACCCGCUGUACAAGCUGGUGAUGUCUGGCGAGCCCAACGGCUCUGCUGCCAUCGCCGCAACGCCGUCAGCAGUGGAGAACAGUGGUGGUGGUAGUGGCGGGACGAACGGUAUCACACCGCAGCAGCAGCAACAACGGCAGAUGCAAUCGCAGAAGCAGAGAAAUGGUGCAGAUGAUGGUGGCAUCGACAAUUGUAUGGACGCCAGCAGUCCACCCAUUGACAAUGAUGAGGAUGUCAACGCCACGCUUCGUUCGUUGCAGCAGGAAAGUGAAGAGGAGGUACGUAAGCUAGGCGGAGAAGGUCAGGGUACCUCGGCACUGCCCUUCCUGGUGCGUAAGAAGGAGAAGACGACCCCAGCGUCGCUGCGUCGCAAGUCUGACCUGCCGCAAGAUCAGGGUACUAUUCGAGCACUGGAGCAGCACAAGCGACACGACCAAUUCCUCACCACCCAACCCGAUCAAUAG